GACGGCCCAGGGGUCGGGCGCGAGGCGGCGGCGCCCGGCGACCCGGGAGAGGCCUGACCGCCACUCCCCGCGCAGAGCGCCCCGGGGCUUGGACAUGAGCACCCAGGAGCCCCCGCAGGGUCGGAGAUUCCCCAUUGAGGCCGGAGACUCCCGUGGCCUUGCCGCUGCCCCCGAGUCCCAGGACAGCCCGGAGGCGGUAGCGACGGAGCACAACCCGGUCAGAGCAUAGAAUGCAGGGGAUCCAGGAAUGGGUUAACAGAAGAGAAGCUGGAUCAAGGAGACCUUUGCGUACCAGGCAGGUAUUAAAGAGGCCGAAGUCGGGCCAGACCGGCUGGACACCAUGCUAUUCACCGAGACUGCUCACUUCGUCGUGAAUUUUCUUCUGUCCCGGCGGCCCCAGGCCACGGCCCCGCACCGCCUGGACCAGGAGUUGUGUUUCUGGGGCAGCCGGGGCCCGGUCUUGCCGGCGCCCGCCGCCCGCCGCAGCCUGGGCGACUACUGGCUGAGCCCGCAGCGCCGCCACCUUCCGGGUGCCGCCUGGCGCUGGCCCGCACGCAACCUGUUACUGCUACCCCCGGCCACCGGCCUGGCCGACGUACCCUCGGCGCGCUGGCCCAGCUGCUACGGCGCGCGCCCGAGACUCACGUGGAAGCACCGGUGGCAGAAUAUUAACUACUAUUUUCUGGGCAAAAGGAAGCGACAUCUAGUUCCCUUGCGCUCGUGAGAGCCGGUGAGGGGCGUGGCCACAGAGGGCGCUUUAGGGACUUGGGGAGACAGGCUUCAGGCUCUAUCACAUGAGGAUCCUGGGGCCGACUUGUGCCAAGGCUGGGCUGAGAGGGAAGAUGGGCUGGACGCACAGCGUAAUCCUGAGUCCCCUCUCUGUGGAUGACGAUGAGUUACCUUUGCCGUCCCUCCUGCGAUCUUUGUGGUUCUGCCCUUCAUUCUCCAAAUAAAAUCUCUGUGGCCUCA